AUGGAAAAAGUACUCGCUAAGCCCGCUGACCUAUGCUGCCUCAAGGGUGGCUUCCACACAGGAGAAGCAACCGGUUCUAUCACGCAAAUUGAUGGCAUUGAUACCUACGUUGCCAAACCUCGGCCGGGUACGGAGAAUGGAAAUGUUCUCCUCCUAUUCCCUGAUGCUUUCGGAUUGCAUGUCAACAGUUUUCUGGUGAUGGAUGCCUUUGCCGAGUGCGGCUAUCUGACUCUCGGUGUCGACUAUUUCCUUGGUGAUGCUGUGACAAAGCACUCGUUGACUCCCUUGAGUGACCCAAACUUUGACUUUGAGUCGUGGAAGAACAAGCAUCUUCAUGCUUCUGAGGAAGCUGCUGCUAGAUGGGUCAAGGCUGUCAAGGCAGAGUACGGCACUAGCGAGAGUGUCAAGUUCGCAGCCGUUGGAUACUGCUGGGGUGCUCGAUUCGUCACUCACCAAUUGUCAGCCGAGGGUAUCUGUUCAGUCGGAGCCAUUGCGCACCCAUCCUUCCUCAAUGAGAGCGAUAACUUUCAGCUAACAACCAUACAAGAACCCAUCUUCCUCUCCGUCCCUGCCACAGACAAGCUAUUCGAGCCUGAGCAGCGUAGCCGAACUGUUGAAAUCUUGAGCCAAGGAAGCGGAAGAUUCAACAUGCAGAUCUUCUCCAACGUUGGUCACGGCUUUGCGUCCCGAGCGCGUCUCACUGAUCCAUAUGAAAAAUGGGCCAAGGAGCAACAUUUCAAAAGCUUUGUUGACUGGUUUGACUUUUGGCUCGCAAAGAAGUAA